AAAAAAAAAAAAAAAAAAAAAUUUUAUUUAACGCAAGCGACAAAAGAGUUCAGAUGCCCCGUCUUCUCAUUCGAAGAGCGGUUAAGGCAUCCUACAUCUCUACCCCUUCCCCGGUGCGGCCUCAUCUAGGGGCGCCCCUCAGGCAGUUGGAUAAAUCCUUCUGCGAUUGUGGCGACACCCCGACUCGAACUCACCCCGUGAAAUUCCAGGACUUUGCCAGAGAGCUAUUAACCGCUCUGGCAUUGUCCCUUCUGGUUCAUAUUGGUAGUGAUUGACUCAGUAUUUAUGUUUGGUUGACAGUGAAUGAAAAUAGCCCGGUGGCCCGGUGGCCGGCUGCAUUCACACGAUUCAAAGGUGCCCUGCAUGUAUUAUAGACUCUAUGUUAUCUAGACUCCCCUCAUAUCGACUCAUCUCAUACCCACUGC